AUGUCGACUUCUCCAUAUAUUCCCUUUGACACCAGCAGGCAGCCUGAUAUAUCCGGCUCAGCUUUAAUUGUUCCAUCAAUAUCAAUUGGAAAUAUUCCCCAACUAACUAUUGAUUUAAUUAUUCAUACAUACUCAUUAACCAAGAUUGGGUAUUUAGAUGACUUGUAUCUUUAUCCAUUUGCUUCACCAAUUGACUACGUCAAUUCGCCUUCAGAACUAGGCAUAAAUCAUGCCAUUGAAGUUUACCACUCGUCUGAGUUAAAUAUCACGGUUGUGCAGCAACGAAGCCCAAUCAUACCUACUUAUACGCCUACUUUUAUUCAACAAGUACUUGUACCGUUCAUAACAACAAAUCAUUUCGAAAGUGUUCUUAUUUUGAACUCCUCAGAUGCUGGAUUAGUGGAAAGUGUCAAUAGUGGAGAUAUCAAACUAUACGAUACCGAAGAUUUGAUUAGUUCAAACUUGGAAAAUUUGUCACUAUCCACUUCAUUAUUCGAAUCAAAUGACCCAAAGGAUAGAGAAAGCGAGAGGAAUUCACGAUUUGUCACCGAAUUGGUCAAGGCAAUCAUAUCUUACAACGGUGAAAAUAGUUCGAAAUCGAUUAACAUUAAAGUUCUUGUUAGUUAUGUUUAUGAAGGUGACAAUUUUUAUGAUGCUGAAAAGUCAGCCACUAAGUUACGAGAAACUUUACAACUACAGAACCAGGGUGAUGGUCCAGUUGAUAAGUGGAUUAAGCCAGUUAGCUGGUUGGGUGUAUAUGGUGAUAAGUCAGUGCCAAACGCAAUGGAAGAAGGUAUAUUUGGUUGA